AUGGACGAAGAGAGCGAACUGACGCAGCCGCAAGACCAGGGCUGCUGGGCCACUCUGCCCGACGUGUGCCUGCGUCGCGUCUUCUGGUGGCUGGGCGACAGGGACCGGUCCAGGGCGGCCCUUGUCUGUAGAAAGUGGAACCAGAUCAUGUACUCGGCUGACCUGUGGCGCUACCGGACCAUCACGUUCAGCGGGAGACCUUCCAGGGUGCACGCCUCCGAAUUCGAGUCCGCUCUUUGGUACGUGAAGAAAUUCGGUCGCUACCUGGAAUACCUGGAGAUCAAAUUCCUGAAUCCUUACAACACCGUCUUAACCAAGAAGUUCCAGGUCACCAUGCGCGGGCUCCUGUCGUGUCUGGGCAAGAGCAACAGCCGCCUGAAGUCGCUGUCCAUCCAGCACCUGGAGCUGGACCGCCUGGUCUGGAGGAACAGCAUCAGGACCGCCUUCAUCAAGAGCCUCAGCUUCUUCCUAAAGAAAAUGGGCAGGCACCUGGAUUAUCUCAACCUGAAAGGCGCCAGGCUGACCGUGGAGCAGGGCUGCCACGUUCUCAACGCCCUGAGCUCCCUCCGGAACGAGAACAUGGCCUCCGAGCUCAACAUCGAAGACUACUUUAGCCAUCACCUGGCCGUCUACAGCAACACCCAGUUCCACAAGACCAUGGCCAUGUUCCACAACCUGGAGUCCCUGACCCUCAACUACAACUGUGUCUCUGACGAGCUGCUCGAGACCCUGUGCGAGCACAAUGCCGGCACCCUCUGGACCAUCAACAUCAAGUGCCACAUCCACGACCCCCACCGCCAGGUCGUCUGGGGCAUGUCCUGGGCCAAGCUGGCCGGGCAGGCCCCCAACCUGAAGGUGAACUUCUUCUUCGAGCGGAUCAUGAAGUACGAGUGCUUGGCCCGGAUCCUCCUGCAGGAGAUCCCAGUCAGGAGCAUCAGUCUGCGAAGCUGCUACUUCAGCGACCCCGACUGGUCCAUGCGGCCCACUCUCACGGAGCUCCUGCCCACCUUCCGGCACACCCUGCAGAAAUUAACUUUCGAGUUCAACAACAACCACGAGUCCCUGGACGAGGAGCUGCACCUGCUCAUCCUAUCCUGCAGGAAGUUGUUCUACUUCAAAAUCUGGGCUUUCCUUGACGUGAGGUUUGUGGAGCGGAUCCUGAAGAGCCAGGAGGAGGGGCAGUGUGCGCUGCGCACGCUCAAGGUGAGGAUUUACACAAACAGAUAUGAGACAAACGAAGAGGACAGGACUCUCCGGGAAAUUUACAGGAAGUACAGGAAGCUGAUCGACUCAGAGCUGAACUAUUUUGUCAUCGCUUACCCCAUGAUGUAAUGAAUGAGCACCCUCCAGAGGAACCAGACCAGGAGCACUUUGGACUUGAACAGCCUUUCCCAUCCAGCUGCGCUCGGGGCACCCCUUCCUUUCCCCUCUCCUCCCUGCCAGCUCCACACCAAGGCGAGCUGCCCCUGCUGGUGACGUCAAGGCCCCGGGGGCUUUAAAGUGCUAUCUUU